GAGUGAAGUGCGCAGACUCCUCGGCCCGGCUCCGGUUCUGUCGGGACGCCGCCGAGCCCGCGACGUCGCCUCCCGGUGAGUUUCUGAGGGGGCCCGCCAGGCCUUGUCGUUCCGCCGUGGCCGCGCCGGCAGUAGGGCGCUGCAGCCGCAGUCCCGGCCGCGGUGUUUGGUAAACAGAAGCCCCAGCGUGCCCGCAGCGUGCGACCAACCCCUCGCUCGGCCCGGCCAACCCCGGGCGUGAACCGAGCUGACGGAGGAUGGCAGCCUCCGGGGUGGAGAAGAGCAGCAAGAAGAAGACCGAGAAGAAACUUGCUGCUCGAGAAGAAGCUAAAUUGUUGGCGGGCUUCAUGGGCGUCAUGAAUAACAUGCGGAAACAGUGAUUUAAAUCCACCACCCAACUAUAGUUGAAUCUACAGUCUACUCAGGGAUUUAUACCCAGGGCCAGCUUGAAAUCACGCUGGGCAGGACUGAUUGCAGAACCUUGUUGACAAGCUACUUAAAUCCAAAGACUUAAAUGAAAUUGCCUCUUCUGUGUCACCAUUAAAUGUGAUGUUUGCUCUUGAGUCAAAUCACCUUCAGCAUACAUAUACAUCAUUUUCUUUGUUAAAGAGUAUAAAAGGAAGUGAAUUUUUCAUUUUGCCAUCUAUUGAAGUUUUUCUACAUAAAGUUUUAACCUGUCAGUAUGCUGAAUUACAUUAAAGGAUUAUUGUUCUUGAACCUUCUUGCAUUCCUAGAAUAUUUGACUAAUAACCCUGCUGAAUUCACUUUGCAAAUAUUUGACAGAUCUAUAAAAAACGUUGUGUGAUGUAAUCCUUAUGGUCCAGGAAAGAAAGAUACCUGCUCAUCGAGUUGUCCUUGCAGCAGCCAGUCAUUUUUUUAACUUAAUGUUCACAACUAACAUGCUUGAAUCAAAGUCCUUUGAAGUUGAACUCAAAGAUGCUGAACCUGACAUUAUCGAACAGCUUGUGGAAUUUGCUUAUACUGCUAGAAUUUCUGUGAAUAGCAACAACGUUCAGUCUUUGUUAGAUGCAGCAAACCAGUACCAGAUUGAACCUGUGAAGAAAAUGUGUGUCGAUUUUUUGAAAGAACAAGUUGAUGCUUCAAAUUGUCUUGGUAUAAGUGUGUUAGCUGAGUGUCUGGAUUGUCCUGAAUUGAAAGCAACUGCAGAUGACUUUAUCCAUCAGCAUUUUACUGAAGUUUAUAAAACUGAUGAAUUUCUGCAACUUGAUGUCAAGCGAGUUACACAUCUCCUCAAUCAGGACACUCUGACUGUGAGAGCAGAGGAUCAGGUUUAUGAUGCUGCUGUCAGAUGGUUGAAAUACGAUGAGCCUAAUCGCCAGCCAUUUAUGGUUGAUAUCCUUGCUAAAGUCAGGUUUCCUCUUAUAUCAAAGAAUUUCUUAAGUAAAACAGUACAAGCUGAACCACUUAUUCAAGACAAUCCUGAAUGCCUUAAGAUGGUCAUAAGUGGAAUGAGGUAUCAUCUGCUGUCUCCAGAGGAUCGAGAAGAAUUGGUAGAAGGCACAAGGCCCAGAAGAAAGAAACAUGACUACCGCAUAGCCCUAUUUGGAGGCUCCCAGCCACAGUCUUGUAGAUAUUUUAACCCAAAGGAUUAUAGCUGGACAGACAUCCGCUGCCCCUUUGAAAAACGAAGAGAUGCAGCAUGCGUGUUUUGGGACAAUGUAGUAUAUAUUUUGGGUGGCUCUCAGCUUUUCCCUAUAAAACGAAUGGAUUGCUAUAAUGUUGUGAAGGAUAGCUGGUAUUCUAAACUGGGCCCUCCCACACCUCGAGACAGCCUGGCUGCCUGUGCUGCAGAAGGCAAAAUUUACACAUCUGGAGGUUCCGAAGUCGGAAACUCAGCUCUAUAUUUAUUUGAGUGCUAUGACACCAGAACUGAAAGUUGGCACACAAAGCCCAGCAUGUUGACUCAGCGCUGCAGCCAUGGGAUGGUGGAAGCCAAUGGCCUGAUCUAUGUUUGUGGUGGAAGUUUAGGGAACAAUGUUUCUGGGAGAGUGCUGAAUUCCUGUGAGGUUUAUGAUCCUGCCACAGAAACAUGGACUGAGCUGUGUCCAAUGAUUGAGGCCAGGAAGAAUCAUGGACUGGUAUUUGUAAAAGACAAGAUAUUUGCUGUAGGUGGUCAGAACGGCUUGGGUGGUCUGGACAAUGUGGAAUAUUAUGAUAUUAAAUUAAACGAGUGGAAGAUGGUCUCGCCAAUGCCAUGGAAGGGUGUAACAGUGAAGUGUGCAGCAGUUGGCUCUAUAGUUUAUGUCUUGGCUGGUUUUCAAGGUGUGGGUCGAUUAGGACACAUCCUUGAAUAUAAUACUGAGACAGACAAAUGGGUUGCCAACUCCAAAGUCCGAGCUUUCCCAGUAACAAGUUGUUUAAUUUGUGUUGUUGAUACUUGUGGAGCAAAUGAAGAAACACUUGAAACAUGAAAAGUGAAUGGACUUCAAGAUUUAUCGGAGACUCAAAAAUAUGGCCAACAGUGCUUUGUUCCAAGAGUUUGGUUACGAAGUUUUAGUUUGGUGUUUCUGUUGUUUUGUUUUUUUAAAGGAAAUUUCAAGUAAAGUAAGAUCGCUAUAAGAUAGAUGUUUCUUUUAUAUGAAUUUCCUUGCUUAAUUCAAAGACCAUAUUUUAGCUGGCCACUACCAAGACGUAUCUAGCAAGAAAACUUGAAAAAUCAUAAGCAUUUGGUGAAAAUAUGAAUUCUUGAAUGAAUUUCACAUUUGUAACUAUGAUUAUGGCAGAGUGGGGGAUUGGCUCAUCAGUGAAGCGAUCUCAUAUUAGCUCUAGAUUCUAUUUUCAUACAUCAUAGAAGUGCUAUGUAGUUAGGUCUAUUUGUUUCUGUUCAGUCAAGAACUAAGAAAUAGUAUGAAUUGUAAGUCAAGACAGGCAACCCUGAUGAAGCAUCUUCGUCUCACCUAAUUUUGCUUGUCUUCAUUUGUUCCAUUUAGUGCCAAAUUUAUUCCAUUUUAAAAGCAAGCCAGUGAGUCAAGUAUACAUAUUCUCUCACUGAGCUUCAUAAACACAUUUUGGGCUUAAAAUGUACCCAAGUCCUCAUGAAAUAUAUUCAAUCCAAUUAAAUAUAUUCCAUCUUUUAAACACAAAAUGCCAAGCCUAGCACCUUCAUUAAUUUAUAGUACUGUUUUAUCCAGUGGUUAAAAAAUGAUUAUGCCUCUUCAGUCCUCACUGUUAAAUAAAAUAAAAUCAUAGUAAGAAUGAUUAGCAAAAGACAAAGCUAUUUAUAGCAAAUUUCUAGGUUACUAGAAUAGCACUGAUAGUUAUACAAUAUCAAUGUUGACUUUGAACUUCUUAUGGAUUAAAAAUAUACAUGAUUUCUUUUCCUUAGCAGAACACAUCAGAGAGAUUUGACCGUUAUCCCAUAAAAGUUUUGUAAUGAUUUGAGUUAAAUGUUUGUCAUCUCGUAUUAAUUGCUUUUAUGUGGUCAAUAAAUCUUUUACAAACCCAA